AUGAACUCACCACUAUCUCAGGAUUUUAAUUCUAGUUUGCAAAAGCCCCUCAUUAAAAAUAGGAAAUUUUCAACUAACACUCUGAUCUCUAAUCAACUAUUUAACUAAACUGUGUAAGGGGCAUCUUCUGCUCCAACUGCUCUUGAAGACUCUUACAGCCACUAUUAUGAAAAUCAUCUUCUGACAAAGAUUCCAAUAGCUGAAGUAAAUUAUACAGUGCCUUACCCUGCAAAGUGCUAAGAAUGCGAGUAUGAGGGUUUUACUGAGGUAAAAUUGAGAGAUACUGCCUGCUCCAAAGUACUUCAGGCACCUAUUUAUAUGACUUUUGGAGUUUGUUGGCUGUUCGGCACAUGUCUUGACACUAAGCAAACUCAUUGCUUUGAUGAAUACAAGGAGAUUGAUCAUCAAUGCUACAAUUGCAAAGCACUUAUUUCCCUCAAGAAAUCAGUAAUAGAAAAAAGGUCAAAUAAAGGAAUAAAAAAGAACAAUUAUCUGUAAAAUGACACUAAGAAUGAAGGAAAAUAAAUUUUCCAGUAGAAUUAUUUCAUAAAUGACUAAGAUAAAUAUCCAGAGCAACUAUUUGAAAGUCAAGAGAGUGAAGACUAAUAUAAAAGUGACUGA